CCGGAGCGUAGCCGGGGCUGGAGCCGACAGAAUGGAGCCCCCGCGCGCGCCCGCGCUACGUCGCCUGCUUCCGCCGCCGCUGUUCCUGCUGCUGCUCCUGCUGCUGCCACUGCCCCCCCGCGCCCGGGCCAAAUACGUGCGGGGCAACCUAAGCUCCAAGGAGGACUGGGUGUUCCUGACAAGAUUUUGUUUCCUCUCUGAUUACGGCCGACUGGACUUCCGUUUCCACUACCCUGAGGCCAGGUGCUGUCAGAACAUUCUCCUCUAUUUCGAUGACCCAUCCCAGUGGCCAGCCGUGUACAAGGCAGGGGACAAGGACUGCCUGGCCAAAGAGUCAGUGAUCAGGCCGGAGAACAACCAGGUCAUCAACCUUACCACCCAAUAUGCCUGGUCAGGCUGUCAGGUGGUGUCAGAGGAGGGAACCCGUUACCUGAGCUGCUCCAGUGGCCGUAGCUUCCGCUCCGUGCGUGAAAGGUGGUGGUACAUCGCGCUCAGCAAGUGUGGGGGAGAUGGGCUGCAGCUGGACUAUGAGAUGGUCCUCACCAAUGGCAAGUCCUUCUGGACACGACACUUCUCGGCUGAUCAGUUUGGGAUCCUGGAGACAGAUAUGACCUUCCUCCUCAUCUUCAUCCUUAUCUUCUUCCUCUCUUGUUACUUUGGAUAUUUGCUGAAAGGUCGUCAGUUGCUCCACACAACUUAUAAAAUGUUCAUGGCUGCAGCAGGAGUGGAAGUCCUGAGCCUCCUGUUUUUCUGCAUCUAUUGGGGUCAGUAUGCCACCGAUGGCAUUGGCAACGAAAGUGUGAAGAUCUUGGCCAAGUUGCUCUUCUCCUCCAGCUUCCUCAUCUUCCUGCUGAUGCUCAUCCUUCUGGGAAAGGGAUUCACGGUGACACGGGGCCGCAUCAGCCACUCAGGCUCCGUGAAGUUGUCUGUCUACAUGACCCUGUACACCCUUACCCACGUGGUGCUGCUCAUCUAUGAGGCUGAAUUCUUCGACCCAGGCCAGGUACUAUACACAUAUGAGUCGCCGGCCGGCUAUGGGCUCAUCGGGCUGCAGGUGGCAGCCUACGUGUGGUUCUGCUAUGCUGUGCUGGUCUCACUGCGCCACUUCCCUGAGAAGCAGCCCUUUUACGUGCCCUUCUUUGCUGCCUACACCCUCUGGUUCUUUGCGGUUCCCGUCAUGGCCCUGAUUGCCAAUUUUGGGAUCCCCAAGUGGGCCCGGGAGAAGAUUGUCAAUGGCAUCCAGCUGGGGAUACACUUGUAUGCCCAUGGCGUGUUCCUGAUCAUGACCCGCCCAUCAGCAGCCAACAAGAACUUCCCUUACCACGUGCGCACGUCGCAGAUCGCCUCAGCAGGGGUGCCGGGACCCGGAGGGAGCCAAUCAGUGGACAAGGCCUUUCCGCAGCACGUCUAUGGGAACGUGACGUUCAUCAGCGACUCGGUGCCCAACUUCACGGAGCUCUUCUCCAUCCCCCCGCCCGCCUCCUCCGUAAGCCCCACGGCCCCAGAGCCCGAGGAGCUGCUGGCGCCGCCCCUGGAGUACCUGACCCCGCUCCCGGCCCCACCGCCGCCCCCUGCCUUUCGCACGCCGCGCGCUCCAACGCCGCGCCGCCACCAUCCCCCGGCGCCCGCCCCUACCCUGCCGGACUGGGUCCUGGCGCUGUUGCGCACGCCCCCGCAGACGCCACGCGCCGUGCCCCCACCGCCCGCCUUCCGCGGCUCUCCCGCAGCUCCCCGGCCGCCACCCGAGUUCGUCCGGCGCACUCCGACGCCGCCCCUUGAGUACCUAGCUCCGCUACCCACGCGCCCUUGCCACCCACUUCUUCCCUGACUGACACAUGAUUCCAUACCUGGGGUGGAGGGUCCUCCGGGGGUAGGGGGUCGGGCCUUCGGGGCCGCAUCUGCCCCCCGAGGGUCCCAGACGGCCUCUGACCUUGAACCCCCUCCCAGGCCGGGAAGCAGGUGGAGGAAACGGCGGCGGCGGCGGCCCCGAGGGGCCGCGUGGUGACCAUGGCCGAGCCGGGAGCAGCCUCCC